AUGGGCGUCAGGGGCAUCUUCCAGGGCGACAUGCGGACUACCGCUCACCUCGCUAUUCGCCAUACCGGCAACGAGCUUCCCCUCCGCAGGCGUAUGGUCGAGCUCGGCCCAUGGAAAGGCACGACUUAUAUCGACCUCGAUCGCUUUCCCGCUCCCGGUCUCGAUCUCAAAACCCUCGAUCAUUUUCUUCACGUUCCCCAUCAGAAUCCCCUCAUAGGAAAGGGGUACGUGCACAGAAAGACAGCCCGCGACGAGGCAGACGCCGUAGCUCCAGCUACAGUAGCUACGAUUACAGCAGUCGUAGCAGAAGCCGGGCCUAUAGUAGAGACAGGGGGCGCAAUUAAGAUGGUUCGUUAA